AUGCUUAAUUCAACAAGAAACAAUUCACUUAAAAUGGCUUCAAUGGAGCAGAGAAAAGCGUAUGAGAAUGAAGCAUUGAUCAAAAUACUUCAAUUGGAAAAACAGCUGGAUGCAAAGCAAAAAUUGGAAAUGGAAAUUGAAGAGCUCAAGGGAAAACUGCUAGUGAUGAAGCAUUUGGGAGAUGAGGAUGAUGCUGCUGUGCAGAACAAGAUAAAGGAGAUGAAUGAGGAACUAGACCAGAAUAUUGAUGAGAUGAAGGAUUUGGAAGAUUUAAAUCAGGCGCUGAUUAUAAAAGAGCGUCAAAGUAAUGAUGAGCUGCAAGAAGCUCGUAAAGAAUUGAUUGCGAAAGGGGGUGGGGGGAAGAGGGAAUGA